GGUCAGCGUACGGUAAAACAAUUAAGCUAUACAAUUAUUGUUUAAUUAUUAAACCGCACGAAGACAACAACCCGGAAAACAGGGGAAAUCCUGGCGACGUAAUUUUAUUGGCUGGAAAUCGUUCCAGUUUACUCAAUAGGACAGACACAGUUCGUUACUUCACGCCAGCAAGAGGAGACCGAUCUCGGAGAUUCAUUCGCCGACAGACGACCAUGGCACAGGAGGUCGGCGAAUUACUGGGAGCGUCAAUACUUUUCGUCUUAUUCUUAACUUUAUUGGCAGUUUUCACUCACCAGUUGCUCUGCAGCUACGUGCGCAAAUGGAGACAGAUGAAGCCUAUUCCAGGUCUCAGCCCGUCCUACCCUUUACUGGGUAAUGCGCUUGCCUUCCCGUCCAAUGGAAAAGAUUUCUUCUGUCGAUUGAUUGAGUACACAGAUCAAUUCCGGAAUAGGCCACUGAUGAAGGUCUGGAUCGGACCUGUGCCUUUUAUUAUUUUAUUUCACGUGGAAACCAUUGAGGUGGUGCUCAAUAAUACCAAGCACAUGGAUAAAGCCCACGCAUACGAGUUCCUACACCCAUGGCUGGGCACCGGCCUACUGACCAGCACUGGAGACAAGUGGCGCAGGCGGAGGAAGAUGCUCACCCCCACCUUUCAUUUCUCCAUCCUGACGGAGUUCCUGGAGGUGAUGAAUGAGCAGGCAGAGGUGCUGAUCAGGAAGCUGGAGAAGGAGGCGGGCCAAGGGGCCUUCAACUGCUUCAACCACAUCACCCUCUGUGCCCUGGACAUCAUCUGUGAGACUGCAAUGGGCAAGAAAAUUUAUGCGCAGAGCAACUAUGACUCUGAGUAUGUUCGUUGUGUGUACAGGAUGAGUGACAUCAUCACCCGCAGGCAAAGGAUGCCAUGGUUUUGGUCAGACUUUAUCUACAAUAUCCUGGGGGAGGGGAGGGAACACAGCAGGAGCCUGAAGGUGCUCCACUCUUUCACAGAGAAGGUGAUCAGUGAGAGAGCAGAGCACAUCGCCAACACAGAGUCGGACACGAAGGGUCAGGGCACGAAGAAGCGGAGGGCCUUCCUGGACAUGCUCUUGAAUGCCACGGACGAGAACGGCGACAAGCUGACCUACAAAGACAUCCAGGAGGAGGUGGACACCUUCAUGUUCAGGGGCCAUGACACAACAGCAGCGUCCAUGAACUGGGCCCUCCACCUGAUUGGCUCUCACCAGGAAGUCCAGAGGAAGGUCCAGCAGGAGCUCCAGGAUGUGUUUGGCCAGUCGGACCAGCCCAUUAGCACAGAGGACCUGAAGAGGCUGCGCUACCUGGAGUGUGUGAUCAAAGAGGCUCUGCGGCUCUUCCCCUCUGUCCCCUUCUUCGGCCGCACCAUCUGUGAGGACUGCCACGUCAAUGGCUUCAUGGUCCCCAAAGGUGCCAACGCCGUCGUGAUGCCCUAUGCCCUGCACCGGGACCCCCGGUACUUCCCCGACCCUGAGGAGUUCCGGCCGGAGCGCUUCCUGCCGGAGAAUUCGGAGGGGAGGCCCGCGUAUGCGUAUAUCCCCUUCUCUGCGGGACUGAGGAACUGCAUAGGUCAGCGCUUUGCGAUAAUGGAGGAGAAGGUUGUAUUAGCUUCAAUUCUGCGCAACUUCAACAUCGAGGCGACACAGAAGAGGGAGGACCUGCACCCCCUCGGGGAACUCAUCCUCCGGCCUCAAGAGGGCAUCUGGAUCAAACUGGAAAAGAGAGCGUGCUGACAGCCACCACACACACACAUACAAACACACACUCAAACACUGCUCCACCCACACGUACAAACACACACGUACAAACACACUCAAACACACACACACUCAAACACACCUCCACCCACACGUACAAACACACUCAAACACACCUCCACCCACACAUACAAACACACAUGCACACAUACUCAAAUGGACCUCCACCCACACGUACAAACGCACACAUACAAACACAAUGAAACUCAAACACACUUGCACCCACACAUACAUACACACUCAAACACCUCCACAUGUACAAACACACACAUGCACACACACUCAAACACACACACUCAAACACACCUCCACCCACAUGUACAUACACACGUACAAGCACACACAGACACACCUGCAUUACAUCACAUUACAUUUAUUUUGCAGACACUUCUCACUUUUAAGUGACAUAUAAUUAGUGCAUAGCAGGUUGGAUAUGGUACAAUUCACAUUGUUCAUCAAGUCUCUUGUCCAGAGUGACUGACAGUCAGGCACGUGCACAGAGAGACCAACAUAUGCCCCCUGCCUUGCCACUGUAAAGAUGGCCUUUUAACUACAGCCAUUUUUAUUUUGUAAAGCAGAGGUGACUUUUGUGAUCACAGUCCACCCCCCCAAUCCCCCAAUCCCCCAAUCUCCCCCUUGGGUUCCCCUUUAUACGCCCUUCUGUGCACAGGCCUGCUGACAAUAGGGAAAACACCCAUGUUAUACACAUUAUCCCCCUUUCUCCUCUCAGACACACCACACACACAUACACACACUUCCCUAUCCUUGCAGUCAGACUGCUGGGCUAUUUCCCAUAAGCCCAGUCAUUAUUUUCUUAAUUUCCUUCCUUUCUCCUGCUGGCUCAAUGCUGGGAGUGUAACAACGAAGUUUCCCCUCAAACCCCGUCAUAUAUCACUGUUUGUCCCACUCUGUCACUCUACUUUAAAAAUCUAUUUGUACCAUGCAGUUUAACUGAGCCAUGGCUGGGUUCUUGGCUGGAAAGACAUGAAAAAUGUUUUCUGGGGUCAGAACAGACAGAGAUAGAAAGAUUACAACCCCUCCAGUCCCCCAAAUUCACCUGUAGAUCAACCCUUAGUUCAUAAAAUAGUUAUUUUACCAAUUGGUUUAUCUUAGUGAUAAUACAUUUUUCUCCAGGUAUGCUUGAUAUGUGGUUAGAUUGAUGGUUGUGGUCCCCUUAAGGGUUUGACUUUGGAGUAUUUAAUGGUUCUAACCUGUGUAAUUGUACAAGCCUUUGAUCUAUUACACAUCUAUUACUGUUUGGGUGGGUAGUAACAAUGUCAUUGACACCAAAUAUAGUAUUUGUGGCAUGUAGUCUAGGUGUCAUAAACCCUUAUGUCCUGUGAUACUGGACAUGUGAUAGGUUAUCCAUAGAUUAAGUGGUUCAGAAACUUGGUAUGCUGGUUUUCAUUCCAACCACAAUGGCAAUCACAGAUGCAUGCCAUGCAUACCAUAGAAUAAAAUUCCCAUGCCCAUAUUCUGCAUACAGUAUUGUGCUGCAUUGCAAACUACUACAUAAAAUCAGGUAAUAUUUUAACCAUGUCAGGCAUAAUGGGGGUUAUGUGAGUUAAAUAAUCCCUCUAAGCAUGAAAAGCACCCAACUAAGAAAAAUGAACAUCUCGUUAAAGUUCUGGGAUUGCUAUUGUGGUUGGAGGAACAACCAGCAUACACAGAGGGGGGAGCAGGAGUUUGUGAACCAGUGCCAUAGAUCACAGGCAGAUGACAAAUAGAGAUAGUCUACAUGGCUUGUUUGUGUAAUUAUACUUUUCCCAUUUUCUUUUAUUCUUUCCUAUUGUAAGCUCCCUCUGGCACUUUUCAGUGAUUGAUGGGGGCAAGGAAAUGUAGCUGAGAGGAAAUGGCUGAAUGGCCCAAAGUCUCGGCUGAAGUUAGUCAGCCCUGCACAAAGCAAGCAGCCCAAAGGCUGACUACCUCUCACCUCUGUUACUACAAAUCAGACUGUCCAGGACAGUAACAUUUUCAGCAUUAAAUCAACUGUCAUGGAGUACAUAUGGGAGCUAUAGCUGAAUUAACGCUGGACAUUGUACUGUGCAGACACUUGAUAACAUGACAAUAAAAUGCCAAUGCCAUGCGUUCUGUAAAUCUGUACUUGCUAAUGCAUUUGUUGUAACAGGUCUCUAUUGAAAAUGAGAUAUGGUUAAAUAGACUUAAACAUGAUUGAGCGCUGUAACUGAAUUCACUGUACUUUGUCUGAAUUACUGCUCUGUGUCAAAUUGACUGACAGUUUAAUGUUGGCAAACAGGGUUUUGCCAAAGGAUUGUUCUGGCAACUUUAUCAAUCACCAAAACUAUAUUACAGAAAUAAAGAUGCGGUGAACUAA